AUGUCAGAUCAAUUCAAGGAGAUCCUCGACAUCCCUCGGGACUUUUUGCACGAUGGCACCCAAUUUAUGAACAGAUGUACAAAGCCUGAUAAGCUUGAAUUUCUUAAGAUUUCUCAGGCAGUCGGUGUUGGCUUCGUCGUGAUGGGGGCACUAGGAUAUGUUGUGAAACUCAUACAUAUUCCGGUCAACCAGGUUCUCGUUGGAUGA